UUUUUUUUUUGCUACCUGUAGGAAUUUUUAAGUAGCCAGGAAUAUGGUGGAAGCAGUGCUGAUUGAUCUGUUCAGCCUGCCAGCCAGCUUGCACAAUGACAUUCAAGGAGUACUGCGUAACACCCUGGAAACUAUUGAGAAGUGCUCUUCCACUCCUGCUCCAUUUGUUUAUGUAAUGUGCUGCCAGAUGCCAGAGAGUGAAAGAAAAGGCGAACAAGAAUCCUUGUUUCCAGCUCUGAGAGAUUUCCAGAGUAUGAAGGAAGGACUUGAGGUAGUAUGUGCUCAGACUACAGCUGCUGUGUUAUAUACCAUCAAACAAAUACUUGAUGAAAAGGACUUCAGCAUCAUUAAAGUUAUUCUCCCCUCCCUAAGGAAAGAAUUAAUGAAAGUAUAUAUAGACCAUCUCUUUACUGCAGUCUACCAGUUUGAAUUUGAGGAUUUAAAGGUGGCAUCUGAUUGUAAUAACCUGCAGACAAUUGGACCAAAGCGUGAAGAGCAAACAGUUUCUACAGAGGAUGUGGCACUCAUCCGAAGUGAGAUUCAGAUGCACUUGAAAAGCCUGCCAAGCCUGAAAGGGGAGCUCACCAUCCUCAAAUCUUCUCUAAUUCCAGAUGAUAUCUUCCUACAUGGAUUCACCACGAGGACAGGUGGGAUCUCCUACAUACCGACUCUAAGCUCCUGCAAUCUUUUCAGCAGUUCUAAGCGGAGGGAUCCACAAGCUGUUGUUAAAGAAAACCUCCGCAGGCUUGCUAAUGCUGCAGGAUUUAAUCCAGAGAACUUUCACAGAGUCAAGACUGAUCAUGCUAAUGCUGUGUGUAUUAUGGGAAAGACUGAGCCUGACAACUACGAUGGAAUAGUUACGAAUCAGAAAGGUGUUACAAUAGCAGCUCCAGGGGCUGAUUGCAUACCAUUGCUGUUUGCUGAUCCUGUCAGAAAAGUCUGUGGUGCUGCUCAUUCUGGAUGGAAAGGCACACUGUUAGGAGUUUCCAUGGCCACAGUGAAUGCUAUGGUAUCUGAAUACGGCUGUAAUGUGAAAGAUAUCCUUGUGGUCCUAGGUCCAUCUGUAGGACCUUGCUGCUAUAAACUUCCUCGUGAAUCAGCUGAAGAGUUUCACAGAAUUGAUCCAAAGUGUGUGCGACAGUUCGACUCUGCAGCUCCAUAUAUUGAUAUUAGAAGAGCAACACGGAUUCUUCUGGAGAGUGGUGGGAUUCUUCCUGAGAACAUCCAAGAUGAUUCUGUCACAGACCAGAACCAAAACAUCACUUUCUGUACUGCAUGCCACCCUGACAAAUUUUAUUCCCACUUUCGUGAUGGCACUAACUUCGGUACACAGAUUGGUUUCAUAUCAAUCAAAGACUGACAUAGUAUCCCAUAAUAUGAAGUAUUACUUAGACAGUAAGUCUGGUUGCCUGUCAUCGUGCUCUCCUCACAGAAUUUCUUCCUUCUUUGUUUCACGAACUUGCAAUGGAAAGUACAAAGGACUUGAGAUUCUCCUGUUUCUUCCUUUCCCUGCCAUUCGGAGGAAAGAAGAGCUGCCUUGUGUAUGGAGCCAAUAAUUCUUGAGAGAGACAGGUUCCAAAGGAAACAAGGACAAUCCACAACAGUAAUGAAGCACUUCUGUAAUGCCAGGUGCACUUUCCCAGCCAGAUGCAAGUCCCUAUUAUCUUGCCUUCUUGACCAAAUAUUUCCCAUAAACCUCACUAUCUUAAGGUAGUAAAAACACACACAAAAAAGCCACCAAAGUCUUAAUUAGCUUCUGAAUGAAUUUAAGGUUGACAUUACUAAUGAAGAAAAGGAAACCUGUACUAACUCUUUGGGUUACACCCCACUGUAGUAAUUUCAGGAAAAGGUUCACGUUAUGAAAUUAUGUGCCUGAGAUUGUUUUUGUUUGGAUUAAUUUAAGGAAGUGCUCCAAGGUACUUAAAGAAAGUAACUUGAAGGUAGGACAGAAGCAAGAUCCCUUGGGAAAGAUAUUGCAAACAUACCAGUGUUUCAUUUAUUGUGUUCCAAAUGAAUAACAAUUUCAUGUUAUUCACUUGAACACCUUUUAAUUGCAAAGAAAUAGGACUAAGACUUAAUAUAAGCUAGAUAAGAUAACAUGUAUGUUCAUGUUUCUGAAGAUUUUUUCUUUAAAUCAGUUGUGCUCUGCUAAUGUUCACUUAGAUAGUUCCGUAGUGCCAAGUUAUUUAAUAAAUAUUAAAAAAAUGAGAGAGAAUAUAGCCUCAGUUAAUUUUACUGACCAGCAACUGACAUGCUUAUGUUCCUAAUAAAUUCAAAGUGUGCACUGUUUUCUUAUGGCCAUAGAAAAUUGGCCUCUAGAUAUUGCAACAGAUGUCAAAAGACCAGGUUGCACAGGGCUUUGAACAACCUGAUGCAGCUGGUGGUCUCCCUGCUCAUGGCAGUCGGGUUGGAACUGGAUGGGCUUUAAGAUCCUUUCCAACCCAAACCAUUCUCUAAUACUGUGGUUCUGUGUGAUAGUUUUUGACAUGCGGACACUGAGAUUUCCCAUUCUCUUCAAGUUCGGUGGUGUUUUGUCCACUAGAGGUCAGUGCUCGCUCAUUUUGCUCUUCCAUCCUUGGCUGCUGUGUGUAUUUGGGUUUUCGAACAGAAUUUUGCAAAGCACUGUAGAGCACUUUUGCCUGUGUCGUCAUCUGCCAUGUUAUUCCGAUAUAGGUGCUUGAAGAGAAAUCUAUUUUUCAUUUUGUUGGGCUGUGAUUCCGAACUGACCAAAUUAAAAGUGUCCUUGUCCUCUGCGAGAACAGAUAUUUUAAAAGGUUUUAUUUUACUUCUGAAUGGCCCUUGUCAGAGAAAGACUUGGUACUGAGUAUAUUGCCUUCUGACUGUAACUAUAUUCUAAAAAUAUUUCCUCCAACUCUCCUACUUUAUUAGAAAUAUUAUCCCCCUUCUACUAUAAUACCACAGUUCUUCAGAAUAAAGAUCCAGUCACCUCAUAAAAACCUCACCAUGAUUUUCAUCAUUCUUGGUUCCUGUAAAUUCACUGUGGUGAUGUUCACAGCUGGGGUCAGACUGGAUGUUCAAGAUCCAGGAGGGACAACACUCUGCGGCUUAAUGCUACCAAGCAUGUUAAUGCAUGGCAGCUAAUUGUGCAUGGCAUGUAUAUGUAUUGUGUGUCUGUAUAUAUAUGUAUAUAUAUCUAUUAUCAACUUAUUCCAAGUAUAGAAUGAUGUAAGUACACUUACAGACUUGAUGCACUGGGUUAAAGAAUAGCAACCUGCUUUCACCUUUCAGUUCUGCCCCUGUGCCCCAGUAUCUCAGUGUGAACCACUUUAUGGGCACUGAUUGAUGUUAGCAGGGGAGUGAUGCAGACAUCUUCCCUUCUGCUGUUUCAAGUACGGAGGCAGCAGCACCAUGCUGCUUUCAUUCAGUCCCUGCACCUACAGCUCUGACAGAGCUUGUCAGCUUCCUUCUCCUAAUCUUCUUCCCAGGUGGGUUGAGAGCAUGCAAUCAAAAGCAGUGGAGUUACUCAGCUUACAAGCUCAGCUGCUGAAGCAUAUUACAGGUAGCCACGUGUCUGCUGUUAGCCCAGCUCACCUCCAAGAUGGUUUUCCACUAAUGCAUUUUGCUUUGUAGUGAGUAAAAAGACCUUGAGGCCAUGCUAGUUACCACAGUUCAAAUGCUCAAACAGCACAGUAAGUAACAGUAACUUGAUAGUGAUGGUAAGCCCUGGCUUGUUGCUACUUGCUUGAGAACAACAGCAAAGACUUUUUCUGUUUAGAAAAAUACCAUUUACAGGUCACGGUAGGACUAUGCAAGCUGGGCAGAGUGUGAGAAUGAGAAGAAACACCACAGGCUUUACCUUUUAGAAGGCAAAUUGAUUGCACAGUCUUUGUUAAUUAGUUCUUUUGCACUAAAUUAACCUACACUGUAAACCUGUCAAGACAGGAAGCAGGCUUUUGUAUAUAGAUCACUGAG